AGAAAGUGUGUCUUCUGGUUAUUAAUGUGAAUUGUGAACUGCGGAUCCGUAGAGAAAACAAACUGCACAGACAGGAAUAUUAUCAACAAAAUCUGAAGACUGAAAAAUGCUCUUCACGCUUGUCAUGGAUUUUUCAGGAGAAAAAAAUCUGUGAAAUUAUGUAAAUAGAGACCAUAUUUCAAAACCAUGGGGGAAAGAGGAAGAAGUCCAGAUACUGAUCAAGAAAGUAAGGCAGGCCAACACCGUUACUCUUACUGUUCAUCUGAUUUUGGAACUACACCGCGGUCUUCUGGCCGGUCAUCGCUGGUCAAUUCCUCUUCACCCACGAGUAUUAAGGGAAAAAAUCCUAAAAGACAAAUUUCAGAUAGCCAAGUGCGUCACCUUGUCCCUAGGAAACCAAGCCCUAAGGGUCCACCAAACAGAAAGGGAGUCCGAGUGGGAUUUCGCUCCCAGAGCCUCAAUAGGGAGCCACUUCGGAAAGAUACUGAUCUUGUUACAAAACGGGUUCUUUCUGCAAGGCUGCUAAAAAUCAAUGAAUUGCAGAAUGAAGUAACUGAACUCCAGGUCAAGUUAGCUGAGCUGCUAAAAGAAAAUAAGGCUUUGAAAAGGCUACAAUACAGACAGGAGAAAGCCCUGAAUAAGUUUGAAGAUACAGAAAAUGAAAUCUCACAACUUAUUGCUCGUCAUAACAAUGAGAUUACGGCACUGAAAGAGCGCUUAAGAAAAUCUCAAGAGAAAGAACGGGCAACUGAGAAAAGGGUGAAAGAUGCAGAAGGUGAACUAUUUAGGACAAAAUUUUCCUUACAGAAACUGAAAAAGAUCUCUGAAGCUAGACACCUACCUGAACGAGAUGACUUGGCAAAGAAAUUAGUUUCAGCAGAGUUAAAAUUAGAUGACACCGAGAGAAGAAUUAAGGAACUGUCAAAAAACCUUGAGCUGAGUACUAACAGUUUCCAACGACAGUUGCUUGCUGAAAGGAAAAGGGCAUAUGAGGCUCAUGAUGAAAAUAAAGUUCUUCAAAAGGAGCUACAAAGGCUAUAUCACAAAUUAAAGGAAAAGGAGAGAGAACUGGAUAUAAAAAACAUAUAUUCUAAUCGUCUGCCAAAGUCUUCUCCAAAGAAAGAAAAAGAAAUUACAUCAAGAAAAAAUGCUGCAUGCCAGAGUGAUUUUAUAGACCAGUGUACAAAAGGAGUACAAACCAGUGAAGACUUCGAGCUGGAAGAAUUUCCUAUAACAUCACAAACAGUUGUGUGUUAUGAAAACAAAUGGGAAGAACCUGAACGUGUUACUUUGGACCUGGAAUCUCAAGAGAGAAAUGAGCAUGAAGAAGCAGGGAUUCUAAACUCAAUUGUGGAAACAGAAGAAAAGUUUGUUAAAGAUCAAAGACUCCAUGUUGUAAAACAGGAGGUUGAGAAGCUGGACGAUGAGUGGGAAAGAGAAGAACUUGCUAAAAAGCAGAAAGAAAAGAAAUCUUUGCUGGAGAGAGAAGAAAAGCCAGCAUUGGAAACUGGAAGAUACCAAAUGGAAAUGUACCAGAUUCAAAAUACUGAUAAAUUAGAAGAAGAGGAAGAAGAAAGACUGAAGAGAGAAAUGCUACUUGCCAAAUUGAAUGAAAUCAAUAGAGAACUCCAAGAUUCUCGGAACCUAAAAUGUCCUCCUCUGCCGUUGCUACCUGAUUCGGAGUCAAAACUGCACUCCCUGAAGAGAAGCCCCAAAACAUACAAGUUCUCUGAAUCCUCAGAGAGAUUAUUUAAUGGGCAUCAUUUGCAAGACUUCAGUCUUUUAACUAAAGGAGAUGGUCAGAGUCCAGGAAAUACUAGAAGCCCAGCCUCUCCAGAUGAGCUUACGUUUGGCAGCUAUGUACCUUCAUUUGCAAAAACAUCAGAGAAGUCAAAUCCAUUUAGCCAAAAAAGUGGCCUUUUGGAUUUUCAAAGAAACAAUAUAGAUAAACUUAGUAAAGAUAGUGUAGAUUUAAUUACAAGAAAAGAGAAAAAAGCUAAUCUGAUGGAACAACUAUUUGGUGCCAGUGGCAGCAGCACCAUUUCCUCUAAAAGCGGUGACCCAGAUUCCCUGGCUGCCAGCAAAGGAGAGUUUGACCCUCUCAGUUUUCUCCCUGGGGAUAAAAGCAGCAGGGCUAGAGAACGUGAUGAAGAUGAUGACUUUUUCCUCAGUGAAGGAAGAAGUUUUAAUCCAAACAGGCACCGAUUAAAACAUGCAGACAAUAAGCCAGCAGUAAAAGCCGUUGAUUCUGUAGAAGAUGAAGUUGAAGAAGUAGCCCUGAGAUGACUGACUGCACAUUUUCUCCAAUUGUAAAUAUCAAAAUAUUUUAAUACGGUAUUGAUUAUAAACAUUUAGACCUUUUAAUAUUAAAAAGUCCUUAUUAAGGAAUGAUUUUUAAUAGAUAAAUACAGUGCAAAUAAAAAGAAGUGGAUCAUAUCACACCACAUGGCUAGUUUGCCAAGAAUGAAGGCAGCUCUUUUGAAGGAAACCAGAGAUAGAGAUGUGCCUUACUUGGUUCUGAGUUUUUCUUUACAAAUAGGUUUUAGCUCUCAAAUCAGCUGUAUGGGAAGUUUUACUCCAUUAGUGUUCAUAUUCAUUUCCA